CAAGCACAGGUCGGUUGCUCGUGCGCCCAGUAAAGUCGUCGGUGUGGUGUGAGCUCGUACAAAAACUUGCGCCAGUUAGUUCGUCUCUUCAUGCCUUUUCAUAUUCGUACAGCUUGCUGUUUCUACACGUCCUCUUCAUGCAGCGGUGCUCGGUUUUUUUGCUCGUCCACGGGACCGGG